CUUAUGGUACGUUUGGAUGUUAUGAUUGGGAUGGGAAAAUGGAAAUAUUCUCAUUGGAUUUUCAUUUUUACGUGUUUAUUCGCUGGGAUGGGAUGGAAAAUCGUGGGAUGUUGAUUCUCGAAACCAAGGAUGCGGGGUUGCGCUGAAAUGAUGCAACCCCAAUGAGAAGAGAAAAUUUUGAGAAAAAAAUGUCGAGACUUUCGACUGAAGCUCUGCAGCUGUCCUCUCACCAUCUCCUUGCGUCUACAAUGAUCAAGUCUCCGACAAUAUUCCCAAUGAUAUCCAGCCAAGAUAAGACCAGAUCCAUGACCAUAGAAUAAAGGCAACUGUCUUCUUCACGUUUUUGGCAUCAUCGAUCUCCUCAUGCUGUCAGGAAGACAUGGUCGUUCGUCAGCUAAAAGCCAUUGUUUCCGACAUAGAGGUAGAUGUUUUAUAGAUCUACGCUUGUGCUUAUAGAUCUAACAUGUUUAUGUCUUCUAGGUUCAAAUGUUCCCGUUAAAACGCACCAAGGUGUUUAUGCCUUUUUUUGGGUUCAAACCCCCUUCAAGGUCUGUUAAAACAGAUCCCGAUUAUUCUUUUUACUUUUUUUAUUUUUAUAUGUUUUCUUGUUGGGGUGAAGAUCCGAGGCAGUGAGAACAACUCCAGAUCUUGCUUCACCCUUGUAUCCUCUGCAAACUUUGAAGGUGACAAACCCUUCCUACAUGCUCCUACUUUUUGAUUUUUGCUGAAAUAUUGAUUUGCAAAUAUAUUAUUAUUUGUUAAUUUUUUUUCUGGGCAUUCUUCUUUUACUAAAAUAGAAAAAUGUUGAUCAUUAAAUGUAUAUAUUAGAGAGACGUCUCUGUGAAACAUCUUCUUUCACUAUAUUCAUGAAACACUUUGCAAGUUAGUUUCCCCCUUUCUACUGAAAUAAGUCAAGUGUUUUAUAGAUAGGAAAUAAUCCCCAAAAAAGUUUAGUAGAUACAAUAUAUGUUAAUGAAUGAAACCCCAAGCUAAAAGAUUUGAUUCAUAAUACAGAAAUUCACUCUUUAAUAGAGUUCUAAAAUCUUACUUAGACAAACACCAUGCAAAAUUCAAUUAUUACUAUGCUAUAUCACCCCUUAAAUAAGGGUAGUGUUGUGAAAUUGGAGAAUGUAUGGAUUUAUCAAAAUGGAAUAAAAUCAAACAUUCUUCAAAAUUUUCUCAUCAGCCAAACAUUGAAAAGCAUAUUAUAUAGGAUAAUGCCUCUCAGCAAACAAACACAGGGUGUCAAAAAUGAAAAAAAAAAAAUUCUUUUCUCAUCUUAUCUUUUUUUAUCUCAUCCCUUUCCAUCCCAUUAUUUCUCGAUAACCAAACGGAUCAUUAGCAUUGUUAGUAAAAACUUAAAACUUUCUUUAUGCUUUUAGUUCUUUUCAAUUAUUAUAUAUUAAUAGGAGAUAUAAUGUUUCUGUACAUCAAUUAACAAAAUGGAGUAAACAUGUUAUACAGGAACAGUUUUUUGUUACCUGAUUAUCCUCCUACUAUAUAGAUGUUCAGAACUUUGUAAGGUGAUCUUUUUGUUAAUAUAAUGUAAUUUUACCUGUAAAAAAAAAAAAUUGUCGGACUUUGGUUGACAGCCCUAUUUCCGAUCAUUUUGGUGAGCCCGUGUUGGGACAUCCUUAUCGGACACGGGCCUGCACGUGAUCGGACCGAACACCGAUGCAUACCCAGAUCCUACCAACCUGUUCAAACCCCUAAUCCGGGUCCGUUUAUAUUGCAUAUUCGCUCUUCCUUUGUCUCUUGCCCUGUUGCCCAGCUCCACUUCUCGCUUUCUCAGCAUACAUUUCCUGCCAAAAGCCAAUCUCGGGGCAAAGAACCCGACCCAAGCCCCGAACGAAACAGAAAUUUUAUAUUGUAAAGGAGAAAUAGUAAAAAAUGAAUGGGCUGUGUGCUCUGCUACAAUCCUCCGAGGCUCUGACCGCCAUUUUACCUACAAGACCUCAACAACCACUACUGCAAAAGCCGGACAGAAAGACGAAGAAGAAACCCAUUUGAGAAUUCAUUUAACCACAACGAGAAAAAGAAGAAAAGGGUGUUUUUAUUAUUUUAAUUUACUUUCUCUCGCCUCCAUUGAUGAUCGCUGGAUGUGUGUUGUGGCCUUGUGGGUGGCGUUGCCGUUGGUUCAAUGGUUCGUUGAGCUAUCCCUUUCUAUCGAUCCUGUCACAUCACAUCGGUUGUUAGUUCGGGCAGUUGAAUCUACUUGAAGCAACCGGCUUCUUCAAUCUCUCUGAUGGGUUUCGGUUUGUUUCCUUCAAGUAUUCGACAUCAGCCGAAACAGAGACGUUUUGUUGAAAUUCGAGUUUGAACUGCGUUUUGGGUUUGACCUGAAAGGCAAAUUAAGAUUACAUGCCACUGAUGAGAAAGAGAAGGUUCUCUUUAUGGGAUGCGAUUGCUGGUCUAUGCGUAGUUUUAGCUUGAUUCCGGCUGGUAACGGCUCUCAGGCCUCUAAGGGAGAGGGCUCGGUCUUGGGGUGAUGAGGAUAAGACCCAAAGCAUACUUUUGCUCCAAUAACCAAUGCUUCAAUGGCAUAGGGGAUGUCAGACAUUAUAAAGAGCUGAGUAAUCAAGAGAUUUCUAUGUGAAGAAUCUGGAUCAUGUCCAUAUGUAAGAACAAUUGAUGUUCUCAUUCAGAUCCAUCUAUGAAGCUCUUUUGGGACUGUAAUGGUGCUCUAAAGUGGCUAUUUAUUAGAAGAGAUGAAAAUGACCCCAGCCCAUAUUCUGCCUGGAACAUUACAGGGACCUACAAAGAAGAACUUGAAGGAAAGAUACCUGAAACAAAAUGUCAAGGACAGCACCAACAACCAAAUGAUAACAAUAGAACAAAGAAGACAAAGUGGUAAUGUUUCUUGAAGGAUACAAAGGUGACCAUCAAGGUUUUAGUAUCUGAUGAUGGCGGGUUUAAAUUUUGACGCAAGGAUGAUGCUUGACAGAUAUCUUUAUGAUUACUUCUUGAGAAAGAACAUGCAUACGACGGCCUGGAUAUUCAAGAAAGAGGCUGAAGUUGCGGACGGCCCUCUUUGGAUUAGUUCGCCUGAGGGCUUCUUAUGGGACUGGUGGUCUUUGUUUUAUGAUGUAUAUACCUCUAGAGAGCGAAAGGAUCAUUUGACCAAUGAACAACCUUCCUUCGAGGAUUAUAGGCAGGGGAUUAGUUUGGACAGGUUCAUUCCCUUGGAAUCCACAUCAUACAGUGUACCAGAAGCUAUGUUUCCAAGAACUGGGCUUCGUGAAGCAGAACUGAACAAAGGGGUCUUCCCAAUACCAUUGAAUGGCUUGCCUUUAACUGGAUUUGACCAAAUCCCUUCAGGAUUGGGGAAGCAGAUACUAAAAUCGGUUCCACAAACACCAGUCCAGCAACAGUUUCAGAUGUUGAGAGGAAAAAUUAAAAAGGAGCAUGUUGCUCAAGCACUGCCAUAUACACCACAAAAGUUGAUGCCAUCACUUCCAAGGAACAUUACUUAUUCAGAUCAGGUGCUUCUCAAGGAUGUAUUAAAAAGGAAUGACGGGCAUGGUACUGGUAACUUUGACUUUCAACAUAUUGGUUCUCCAAUUGCAGCAAUGCCCAGAAUGGAGAAAACUGCACCAACAGCUGAGAUAAUAUCCCAAUUAAAGCAAAAUGCACAGCAUGAUCAGAUAUGUCAGCAAUUCCAAGAGAUUGGCAGCAAGAGGAAGGAUAGACCAGGUCAUGGGACCGGAGAUGCUGCUGUGGAGGGAGACCAUGCUGGUUCUUCUGCAAAAUCUGUUAUACCAACUUGUGUUCAAAUGGAGUGCACAAUAUUGCCACAAAGUAACAGAGCAUCUAGAAUGCAAAUAAUGCAUGAUCUGGACAAAAUUGGUCAGGCUGAAACCCUGCAGAAGAUGGAUGAUAUGGAUGGUAAGAAUGACAGCACCACACAACAAAGUUCUACAACUUGUGACAAUAGUAAUAACCCAAAAGUGGGCCGAUUGGAAGAGCUGACGCUACUGAGGCAGAGAUCACAGCUGCUCUCACAGCUUCUUGAAUUGUGGAAUCCAACGCGGAGAGUUGUAAAACAACGAAAAUUUCAGCACAUGAUGGAUCCAUCGCCGCAUUGUCAUAUUUGCAACGUACUGAAAUGGUUACCUCUUCCAGUGGUGGCCAGUGUGUGGAAUCACGGAAAUGAGGCUAGGCCUCGCUUCUCUCUACAAUUACGGGUGAUAGUUCUGUCAUAUAGUUGAGAUUCAGUUUUUUCCCAUCCAUCAAUCUUAGCCAGACAUCUCUCAAUAGUCAGAGCCAGAGGAAUUAAACAACAGGUGUGUGUGCAAUAACGGAAGAUGUGUGUAAGUUCCAUUCUAGCAGUUGGGAACCAAUAAACAAAUGAUGUCAAAUGUAUAUGGGAGAAAAAGAAGUAAUUUCCAAUUCAAACAUAUGUACAUAUGUGAAAGACAUCCAUUCAUGUUCAUAUGAUAAUUUUUCUCUUCCGUUUCACUAUGUUGACUGUAUAUUUGAGCAUAGAAAAAAAAUUGAUACAAGAAAAGUGUUGGAAUAAGAGGAGCUCUUCAAUUGA